UGAGAUUUUUAAUAUGCCGAAUGUUUAUGUAAUAUUUCGUUAAAGUCAGAUAACUUAUGGGAUUUGCGGGUGCUAAUAAAGAAAAUUAGAAAGUGGAGUGAGUGAGCAAAUCCCAUCCCACUGUCCCCCAGUGAUUCCGACUCCGUCUCGUCUGUCUGCGACGAUCCGAUCAUCAUUCAGAGCUGGAGUUGUACAACUACUGCUACUUCAUCUUCAACCCUCGCACCAUCGCUACACGAUCCGAUCACACUCUCCGUAUUAGAAUAUAGAUUAUUACUCGUAUCAUGUAUCUUUAAUUAGAUGAUACCGAGUGUUGGUUGGAGUAACGGAGCUCGAAAAUGUCGCAAAACAACAUUCCUGUGAGCGAAACCUACUGGUCUCUUGUCGACAAGGCCGACAAAAAGUUCUCUAAGAUCAGGGAUUUGCCCUACUACGAACGCAACAGGUAUGAUACAUACUUCUACAAGGUGUUUAAAGUCUACACACAACUGUGGAAGUUUCAACAAGAGAAUCGACAGAAGCUUUUGGAAGCAGGGCUCAAGCGAUGGGAGAUUGGGGAUAUUGCUUCUCGAAUUGGGCAGCUUUAUUUUGGACAAUAUAUGAGGACAAGUGAUGCUAGUUAUUUGUCCGAGUCCUACGUAUUCUAUGAGGCUGUAUUGACUAGGGAAUAUUUCAAGGACGGAUUGUUACAGGAUCUCAAUCUUGCCAAUAAACAACUACGGUUUCUUGCAAGGUUUAUGAUGGUGUGUUUGGUGUUGAACAGGCGAGAAAUGGUCUAUCAGUUGGUAAAUCAACUCAAAAUGUUGGUUGAUGAGUGCAAGAGGACUUUCCAGGAAACCGACUUUAAAGAAUGGAAGCUGGUGGUUCAGGAAAUAGUUAAGUUUCUGAAAGCUGACACAGCUUUUAUGAAUAUCUUCCCUUUGAGAUAUAGUCUUGUACUGGACCUUCAUCCAGAUUGCUUACCACAAGUUGCAGCUGCUAGGAGAAAGCUUAGAUUAAGAGAUGCUAUACUGAGCAGCUAUUAUCCUAAUGAGGUAAAGUUUUCAGAGCUUACUCUUGACACUUUUAGAAUGCUUCAAUGCCUGGAAUGGGAACCUAGUGGCUCAUUUUACCAAUCAGGUGGAGUUCCUUCAAGUGGGACCGGUACAAACACUGCGCAAAAUGGGGCCCCGGGGCCUAGUCGUAUUAACUACUCACAGGAUAUUGCUGAUCCAACUUUGCCCCCAAACCCUCGCAAAGCUGUUUUAUAUCGUCCAACGGUCACACAAUUUGUAGCUGUUCUGGCUACAAUGUGUGAGGAACUCCCUCCAGAUGGACUUCUCUUAAUAUAUUUAUCAGCUUCAGGAAGCAAUAUAUCUGGUAGCCCAAACCAUUCUCCAGUGCAAGGUAAGGGGGAUAGCUUAAGUUACCGUACUGGUGGUGGCUUACAUAUUGGAGCUCGUGGAAAUGGAGGUGUUGAUUCCAUUUAUCCUUGUGACUUCGUUCCGUUUACAAGAAAGCCACUAUUUAUAGUUGUUGACAGUGACAACAGCAAAGCAUUCAAGGCUAUAAAUGGAGUUGAAAAGGGAGAGCCAGUUGCAAUGCUCCUAUCUCCCAACUCUUAUCCUACCGUGCCUUCUGCUGUAGAUUCUUCUCGUCAUCCAAGCGGGAGCCUAUUCACCAGUUUUCUCACGGCUCCUUUGCAAGCUUUUUGCCUCUUGCUUGGUAUUUCAGGCCCUGAUGUUGAUACGGAUAUGUGCAACAAAGCCGGGGGCUUGCUAUCGUCAUUACUAAAUGACUGGGGAUUGAUGCUGGCGGCAUCAGACACCCUCGAUCCUGUUUGGGCUCAAGGUUUAAGCGAUCCAUUUCUGAGGCGUCUUCUACUACGAUUUAUGUUCUGCCGGGCAGUGCUGACACUAUAUGCUCCUACUUUAGACAAGGAAGAAUUCCUUCCUGAAUGCAUUCCUUGCCUGCCGGAGGCUUUCCUGCCUACGGCUGCAACAUUUCAAACAGCAGUUCUGCAGAUAGCAAACAUCUUUGGUGCAACUAACCGUUUUGUCUUGUCAGAAGGUAUCUCUCUUCCAGAAAGUAGUGAGGAUGAAAUUUCUUCCUCGUGAACCUCACUUCAAUGAUGAAAAAUGGCUUCAAAAUAUAUGAAGUUUCAAGUAAUGUGUAGCUUUUUUUCCUGUUGUAUAGUUUGAUUAGCGUUAUCUACAUUUUCUCUUUGGUUGGUUACUAUGAUCUUUUUCUUUUUCUUUUUCGCAACAGAACUUGUAAGAACUGGCUGUUAAAACCAGAAUUCGCGGAAAAGCAUAAACUAAAGUCCCUGUUUGGUUUCA